AUGAGUUCCGGGACUACCUUUCCUUUCGGGCAGUUGCCUCACGGCUUCCGACACCGGGAAGUCAUUCAAAAGGCUUUCGAGUAUUUGAAGUCAAAGGACGAGAAAAAAGCGGUUUUAAGCGAAGUUUUCUGCGAUUCACUGAAUAUAACGGAUUGCAGUCUAACGGAGACUAACGACAGGAUUGCUGUCACUGUCUAUAACCCCAUCGCCCGACCCGUCAGUCAGUAUAUUAGGGUUCCGGUGGUCGACGGGAAGUACACUGUAGUCGAUGCCAACGGUACUGAAGUAAAGGCCAAGGCUUUACUCCCGGUGUCGGAAGCCGUGAGACAACUGCCCGAAAGGAAAGGUAGUCCCGGAACUCAUGAAUUGAUUUUCAACGGACAACUACCGGGCCUCGGAUUCACCACAUUUUUUGUUGAGAAACAGAAAAGCGAUAAAAACCCACUAAUGGCAGCCCUAACCCGUAACCGUCGGGCGGCUAUCGAAAUGAAAGGCAAAUCAUUUACACUGCAAGUGGACGAGACUACCGGUGCCAUACAAUCCAUAACCCUAAAUGGCACGACACAUACCCUGAAACAAUCGUUCAAAUGGUACAAAUCAUUUGACGGGGGACCUCAGGACGGGGAGUCCGGGAGUUACGACUUCUGUCCCGAUGGUAACGCCCGGGACUACGACCAACAAAAGCUGGUCUCCCGGCAUACGGACGGUGGGGUACAUGAGCUGAACCAAGUGUUUGCCGACUAUAUCCACCAAACCGUACGUACGUAUGAGGACCAGGACUACAUUGAGUUUGAUUGGACGGUAGGGGGUAUUCCCGUCGAUGACAGGAUCGGCAAAGAGAUUAUAACCCGAUUUGAGUCGGACUUGAAAACCAAUGGCGAGUAUUACACGGACUCUAAUGGGCGACAGUCUAUACACCGGAAGUAUGACCCAAAGCAUACCACUUGUGAAGGGAAAACCAUUCCUGGCAAUUGGUUCCCCAUUUACAAGCAUAUAUCCGUUCAGGAUGUUAACCAGGGUCUGCAGAUGACUGUCCUAAACGACCGGACACAAGGAGGCUCAUCACUACUGGAAGGGGCGGUCGAGCUUAUGGUUCACCGACGAGUCGUACACACCGGCGCCGGCGGUAGUUUCACAAUAGACGAGGGAGGUGUUGACGGUAAGGGACUGGAGGUGAGGGGCAAACACUACCUGUUCUUUCAACCCAUGACCCAAAGCCCACAACUGGUGCGACCCCUGUCUGAGCAGCUCUUUAUGGGUCCGAUCGAGACGUUCGAUAAAUACACGACUCGUGAGGAAUAUUCC